AUGGGUCUCCUCGCCCAGGGAACCGCUCUGGAUUGGCCCGAUGCCAAAAAGCAGUCACAUCUGGUCCGGGCCUGGGGCAUCAAGCAAUUACUCGAGAUAUGGAACAGGGCCAAGGGGAAAGAACGGGAUGCCAUGCUCUGGGGCGACGAGGUCGAGUACCUCGUCGUGACCUACUCAAAGGAAGACCCCAAAGUGCUGCUGUCCCUGAGGCAGGCAGACAUCCUCGAGGCCUUGGCUAAUGACAAGAGCCUGGCCGCCAAAGGGGGCGGCGUCCCUGACAUCCAAGGCCAUGUCGCGUCUCGGACUGACGACCCGUUUCCCGUCUUCCACCCAGAGUUUGGGAGGUUCAUGCUCGAAGCCACGCCGGGCAAGCCGUGGGGCAUCGAGUUCAAGGAGCUGCUGAAUGUCGAGCCAGACAUGAAGCUGAGGAGACGCAUCGCCAAGGACCACAUGCUGCCGACCGAGUUCCCCAUCACGCUGACGACGUUCCCGCGGCUCGGCAGCCCCGGCGUGUUCACGGACCCGGCAUACCCCGUGUCGGGGCCCAAGCUGCGGUCCCAGUUCGUGCCCGACGAGAUCGCGAACCCACACAUCCGCUUCCCCACCCUAGCGGCGAACAUCCGCUCGCGGCGCGGGCGCAAGGUGCAGGUCAACGUGCCCGUGUUCCGUGACGAAAAGACGUCGUGGCCGUGGAAGGACCCGACGGUCAACUGCGACCUGCACCAGUGGCCCGAGGAUGAGGACGUGCGCACCGGCGGCGCCGCACCCGACAAUUUCAUCCACAUGGACGCCAUGGCCUUUGGCAUGGGCAGCUGCUGCCUGCAGAUCACCUUCCAGGCCAAGAACAUCACCGAGGGCCGCCAGAUGUACGACCAGCUGAGCCCGCUCGGCCCCAUCCUGCUCGCCCUGACCGCCGCUACGCCCAUCUACAAGGGCUUCCUGGCCGACACGGACGUGCGGUGGAACCAGAUCAGCAAGGCCGUCGACGACAGGACGGCCGAGGAGCUGGGCGACAAGCCGCUGCAAAACAACCGGUGGCGGAUACCAAAGUCACGGUACGCGUCCAACUCGACGUACAUCUCGACGGACGCGCGACUGCGGCCCGAGUACAUGGACCCGAACCUGGUCAUCGACGAGGCCAUCAAGCAGGAGCUCGAGGAGGGCGGCAUGGACUCGCGGCUGGCGACGCACUUUGCCCACCUGUUCAUCCGCGACCCCAUCGUCAUCUUCGCCGAGGACCUCGAGACGCUCGACCUCAGCAAGACGGACCACUUUGAGAACAUCCAGAGCACCAACUGGCAGCACAUGCGCUUCAAGCCGCCGCCGGCCGACAACAGCAUCGGCUGGCGCGUCGAGUUCCGCCCCAUGGAGAUCCAGAUGACCGACUUUGAGAACGCCGCCUUCGCCGUCUUCAUGGUGCUCAUCACGCGCGCCAUCCUCAGCUUCGACCUCAACUUCUACAUCCCCAUCGUCAAGGUCGACGCCAACAUGGAGACGGCCCACGCCCGCGACGCCGUGCUCGACCGCAAGUUCUACUUCCGCCGCAACCUGUUCCCCGCCCGCCCGCCCCGCCGCGCAGCCUCGGCCUCGUCCUCGGGCGCAAACACCCCCGUCGGCCCCGGCAGCCGCCCCGCCACCCCGCCCGCCGGCCCCGUCGAGGACGAGUACCGCCUAAUGUCGGUCAACGAGAUCAUCAACGGCACGGCGUACGCAGCCCGCUCUUCUUCUGGAGCCCAACAAGAACAACAGUCCUCUGACGAAGGCGACGAAUUCUUCCCCGGCCUGAUCCCCAUCGUCGAGUCGUACCUCGACUCGGUCAACGUCGACGUGCUGACCCGCUGCCGCCUCGCCACCUACCUCGACCUCAUCCGCAUGCGCGCCUCGGGCGAGCUGUGCACCGCCGCCGCGUGGAUCCGCGCCUUUGUCGCUGCCCACCCCGCCUACGCCCGCGACAGCGUCGUCUCGGACGAGAUCACCAAGGACCUCGUCGCCGCCGUCAUCGCCGUCGGCGAGAGCGAGCAGGCGGGCCGCGGCUGGGCUGCAGCCGGCGUCCCUGGCCUCGAGCGGUUUCUGGGCCCGUUUAGGAGGGGCGGGGCGUGA